AUGGGGCCCCCGGGCAAUAGGGAUCAUGGGGCCCGUGUCCUUGCCCACACUCAAAGCACACCCAAAAAAGCCUACAAAAAGGUAACAGGAGCAUUUCAUGGGGCCCCCUACCAUGGGCGGACUGACUAUUUGGAAACUCGGGCACUGCCUGAGGGCCCAGGGUCAGUAGGGGGCCCCAUAUAGGGGCGGACUGACAACUCAUGGGGCCCCUGGGCAAUAGGGGAUCAUGAGGUCCCUGUGUCCUUGCCCAAACUCAAAAAAGUCUAUGAAAAAGGUUCCAGGGGCAUCUCAUGGGGCCCCCUACUGACUCCGGGCCCUCGGGCAGUGCCCGAGUUUCCAAAUGGUCAGUCCGCCCCUGGUCCACCCCUGACUACAUAGUAAAUCCACGGAUCUAAA